GUCACAACAUGAGCAUACGCCAGCUUGUUAGUCAUUAAAGAAUUGAUUACACAUACUUUAAAAUGCGAGGUUUUUAUAGCAUUAUUUGUAGACUACUCCGACCAUCAUGAAAGCUCCUGGACUUACAACCAAACGGUGCACGGCAUCAAGAAGCACGAUUUCAAAACCCAGAGGCCAUGCCACGUUCAUGUACGCGAUCCGACAACAGACUGACUCGACGGAAAUGAGACGUGUAAAUGACGGUGUAAGCAGAUAUUUUCUCCAGAGAGUGGGGUCGGAGGCGUCGCGCCUCUCUUGCUUUGGCCGCCACCGGACCGUCACGCGCCGGGAAGUUCAGCAGGCCUGGAAUCAACUGAGACGCCGGAGAACUCCAGCUGGAUUGGCUGGUGCUUGAACUUUUGUUUUAAUUGAUGACUUUACUGUUUUAAUUGGUUUAAAUAUUUAACUAUUAAAAUAAAAAUUGUUUAUAAUCUGUGUUUUAAUUUUUUUUAAGCUUGGCUUGAGCGUGCGUUACGUGUUCAUUUCAAAUAGAAAUAAGCAUCCAUGUGUCCUUUUGAUGGGAAAACGCAUUCAUCAAGUGUUUCCUUGACAACAGCGCGCAUGCGCGCGAAUCCAGCACUACAUUAGUUGUUAAUCCAGCAGUGUAUCAAAUGUUAGUAUUUUACGGCAGUUGUCUUAAAGUAAAAUAGAAGCCGAAAUACUUGCUUUCUUUUUUUAAAUGCAUUGCGAGAACUUUCCUUAAAGUGACAGCGCAGGAAUCCAAGAGACAUUUAACAAAAGCAAGUCAUACGCAGUUCUUUAUUUAUUUUUUGGACCAUAGUGUUGGAAGCUGAAAGAGUGAAAUAUCUGAGAUAAACGAAUGGCUAUUUUUAACAAUAAGCACCGCAAACAAAUUCAGUGUUUUGUUUUGGGAAGACCCUGAGCCUUUUUUCUGUCAGUAUAGGCUGGGCGUGACGAUGCCUGGUGCCCACAGCUGAUUCGCAAGCGUCAGUGAACGCGCAGGGUGCGCGUUUCAGUCACGAGCUCCAUGACACCUGUGGUGCUUCAUCGCAUCCGUUCACGUGUAUACGAAAGACUGAUUAUUUGUUAUUAUCUUCAGCAUCUCAUCCCAUAACGUCGUUAUUUGCUGUUUGCACGCGCCAUCGAUAUUUAUUGAUGAAUCACGGAAAGAGAGAUUGAUCAGUGUUAAAAGGGUCUUUUGAAUAGCUCUUAAGGAGGCAGAUUAAAGUCCAGGAUGAUCUGCAGUUUUUCUGAAUGCUAAAUGAAGAGGAAAACCAAAAUAAUUUGUCAGAUUCAAGAAGUGGCAUCAUGGGAUGUGGCACAUCCAUUGCUGUUGAGAGCCAAACACGACCCUCUGAGACGGAUCGCUCCAUCAAGCAGUCCAGCCCAGCUCUGACUAUAAAAGCUGCCAUUUUGAUCCAGCGUUGGUACAGACGGUAUGUUGCUCGUCUGGAGAUGAGAAGACGCUACACAUGGAACAUCUUUCAGUCCAUUGAGUAUGCAGGUGAACAGGACCAGCUACAGCUGUCCAGUUUCUUCACUUUCAUGUUGGACAACUUCACGCAGGUGAAUGAAAAUGGACCAGACUUGAUCUCUCACCUUUUGGACUCUGUGGUCGACCCUUUAACUGAGGAGGUCAGACAGCUGAAGUACGAGCAGAUUGUUGUGCCAGAGUCAUACAGCGGUCCUCGUAUCUCUUUCCCACUGAGUGUGACUGAUACCAAUGCCCUGCUUAGUGCCUUCAAAGAGGAGCAGACUCUUCAUGGAAAAUAUGUGCUGCAGUUGCUAUACGAAACAAAGAAGUUUUUAAAACAGAUGCCGAAUGUCAUAUACCUGUCGACGUCUUAUGCAAAAGAGAUUACUAUCUGUGGAGAUCUUCAUGGUAGACUGGAUGACUUACUGCUUAUAUUUUACAAGAACGGUCUGCCCUCUGCUGAGAACCCCUACAUAUUCAAUGGAGACUUUGUGGAUCGAGGAAAGAAAUCUAUAGAGAUUAUCAUCAUACUAUUUGCCUUCCUGCUGCUCUACCCAGAUCACAUGCAUCUGAACCGAGGGAACCAUGAGGACCAUAUCAUGAACCUCAGAUAUGGAUUCACAAGAGAAGUCAUGCAGAAGUACAAGAAACAUGGCAGGGAAAUCCUACAGCUUCUACAAGAUGUAUUCAGCUUACUUCCACUGGCAACUGUCAUUGAUAACAAAGUCCUUAUAGUUCACGGUGGCAUAUCAGAUACGACUGAUCUGGACUUCCUGAGCACUGCAGAAAGACAUAAAGUAAAAUCUGCUCUCAGGCUGCCCAAACGCAGCUUGGAUCAUCUGAACAUUCGGUCCUGCAGUCGCAGCAGCAGCAGACAGAGCGGCAGAUCCAGGUUGGGCAGUCCCUGCUCCACAGGCCGAACCAGCCGCGCAUCCCACAGGAGGAAGAAGCGUUUCACCAAACAGGAGAGCUGCUCUUCGUCAUCUUCUUCUUCUUCGUCCUCCUCUUCUUCUUCUUCAUCUAGAAACACUCCUCGACGUCUUCCUCCACCAUCCCCCAGUCUUCCUUUAGAGGUGCUCCAGGUCCCUUUCCUGGACUCCUUUGUAUCUCUAGAACCUCCUGAGCCACCCAGAGAGGAGCUGGAGUGGAAACAAAUUGUGGAUAUCCUCUGGAGUGACCCUAAAAAUCAAAAUGGCUGCAGUCCAAACACCUUCCGUGGUGGGGGCUGUUACUUUGGGCCAGACGUGACGCAAGCACUUCUGCAAAAACACGGCCUCUGUCUGCUCAUUAGAUCACAUGAGUGUAAACAAGAGGGCUAUGAGCUCUGCCAUAAUGGACAGGUUAUCACUAUUUUCUCUGCCUCUAACUACUAUGAAGAGGGCAGCAACCGUGGAGCAUAUAUCAAACUGGGGCCUGAACUCAUCCCUCGUUUCUUCCAAUAUCAAGUCAGUCGCUGCACCAGAAAACUGACUCUUCAUCAGAGAGUUCGUGCGGCGGAGGGAUCUGCUCUUAGGGCUCUGAAAGAAAAGCUCUAUGCUCACCGCUCUGAGCUGAUAGCUGCCUUUCAACAGUAUGACAUAGACAACACAGGCCGUAUCUCCAUUAGCGAGUGGGCACAGGUGGUCGAGUCUAUUUUGCGGUUGGAUCUGCCAUGGAGAACCCUGCGUCCUCGCCUGGCCCGUCUUGGGCCAGAUGGUGAUGUGGAGUAUGAGUCAUGCUUUGAGGACAUCAGUCCUGGAGAACCCAUUCCUCCGGUGACACCAAACCUGGCUGAAACUCUUUAUAGGUACAGAACUGACCUGGAGAUCAUAUUUAACAUCAUAGAUAAGGAUCAUUCAGGUCAGAUCUCCAUCGAGGAGUUUCGUCAGACCUGGAAGCUCUUCAGCUCUCAUUUGGGGGUGGCUGUGAAUGACCAGGCCAUAGAUGACAUGGCUAGAAGCAUUGACUUCAAUAAAGACGGCAGCAUUGAUUUUAAUGAGUUCCUGGAGGCUUUCAGGCUUGUGCAUAAACUGGAUGUCAAAGAGCAACAGCAGGGUUAAUACUGGAUGCGCAGCUCA